AUAAAUAUAUCCCAAAGUAAUAAAAGCCACGCAAACACAUAUUAUACUUUCUCAAACCAAACCCUAGAAUUCAAUGGCGGCUCCACCACAACAACAACAACAACAACAAUGGAUGGCGGCUCAGCAGCAGCAGCAACAACAACCAGGAUCAUAUCAAUUUGCGCCGCCGCCACAACAAUCGGCUGCGUAUUAUUAUCAGCAACCUCAGCAACAGCAAACUCAGUACGGCGCCGCGGCGGCUCAGCCGGCUAGUGCGGAUGAGAUUAAGAGUUUGUGGAUCGGAGAUCUACAGUUUUGGAUGGAUGAACAAUACAUUCAAAGCUGCUUCGCUCAUACUGGAGAGGUGAUCUCUGCUAAAGUUAUCCGUAACAAGCAAACUGGACAAUCUGAGGGUUAUGGAUUUAUUGAGUUUGUUAGUCAUGCAGCUGCAGAAAAGACCCUACAAACAUAUAAUGGAUCCAUGAUGCCUAAUAGUGAGCAACCCUUUAGACUCAACUGGGCAUCACUCGGUUCGGGUGAAAAACGUUUAGAUAAUGGUCCUGAAUACACAAUUUUUGUUGGAGACUUGGCAGCUGAUGUCACUGACUAUAUGCUUCAAGAGACAUUCAGGGCAAACUACCCCUCAGUCAAGGGUGCCAAGGUUGUGACCGAUAGGGUCACUGGGCGCACAAAGGGUUAUGGGUUUGUUAAAUUUGCGGAUGAAAGCGAGCAAAUGCAUGCUAUGACUGAGAUGAAUGGGAAGUUCUGCUCCACUAGGCCAAUGCGAAUAGGUCCUGCAGCUAACAAGAAGAGCUUAACUGGUGGUCAGGUGCAAGCUUCAUAUCAAAGUACCAAUGGAACUCAAAAUGAGGAUGACCCUACUAAUACAACUAUAUUUGUUGGGAAUUUGGAUGCCAAUGUUACGGAUGACCAUCUAAGGCAGGUUUUUGGACAUUAUGGACAGUUGCUUCAUGUGAAAAUACCAGUAGGCAAACGAUGUGGCUUUGUUCAGUUUGCUGAUAGGAGUUGUGCUGAGGAAGCUCUAAGAUCAUUGACUGGAACUCAGCUAGGUGGACAAAGUAUCCGCCUUUCAUGGGGUCGUAGUCCUUCCAACAAGCAGCAGCCUCAGGCUGACCCAAGCCAGUAUGGUGGUUAUUAUGGGUAUACAGCUGGAUAUGAUGCCGCCGCUGCCUAUGGUUAUGCUCAACCUGCUCAGGAUCCUAAUAUGUAUUACGCGGGUUAUGCUGGCUAUGGAAAUUACCCUCCACAGCAGCAGCAACCACAGUGAUCUGCCGAUUGAAGGAGCUGCCUAUAGCUUCCUAGCACAGUAAUGGGACGACGUACAAAAGGGGGAAGGACAUCGUUUUUGAAGUUUGCAUCAGAUUUAGUAUAAGAUUGCUACUGUAGGCUGGUUCUUGAAGAUUAGUAUUUAUGGUGGUUGUCAACCAGUCACUUACGUUUCGUUAGUUCUUUUCUGCUAUUUCUAUUUGGUUCUUUAUUUUUCUUUUUUGCUUGAUCUUUUGUGGUUUUUGCCCAUUUAUGUUUAUCCAACUUGGUAUUUGGAUAUUUGUUUUGGUUGCCUUAUAUGGCACAAGGUUAUAACUUAUACGUAAGGGGUAAACAUACAUUGUAACCUGCGAUAAUUUAUGUUUCAGUUCAUGUUUCUAAAUAA